AUGGCAGAAUCUCACCACACUGCUACUUCAAGUCGUGACAUCGACCGGAGUUAUUCAAUACAAAAAGAAGAGGAGAAUCGAUCGGAAGAUGUAGUCUCUCAUCUUGCAGACCCCUUCGGGGAUGAAGAAUUUGCGGAAAUCAAGUAUCGCACGUUACAAUGGUGGCAAUGCGGCAUGAUCAUGAUCGCGGAAACCGUCUCCCUCGGUAUCCUGUCUCUUCCAUCUGCUGUCGCAGUGCUAGGUCUUGCACCUGCAGUCAUCCUCAUCGUCGGACUGGGUAUAGUCGCAACCUAUACUGGAUAUGUCAUCGGCCAGUUCAAACUCCGAUACCCACAAGUACAUAGUAUGGGAGACGCUGGGGAGGUGAUGUUCCAUCCGAUGGGCCUAGCCCGCUUUGGAAGGGAGUUCUUAGGAACGGCUCAGUUGCUUUUCCUCAUCUUCGUCAUGGGUAGUCAUAUCUUGACUUUCAGUGUCAUGAUGGAUACAAUCACAGAUCAUGGCACCUGCUCGAUUGUAUUUGGGAUCGUCGGAUUGAUCGUUUCGUUCAUCUGUGCCUUGCCCAGGACUCUUCGCAAGGUCUCGUGGUUAUCGUUUGCUUCUUUCGCAAGUAUCCUUGCCGCACUCCUGAUUACCAUGAUCGCCAUUGCUAUCCAGCGCCCGGGUGACGGCAAGAUCGAUGCGACUACAACAGUCAGUCUUUCGAAGGGGUUCCUGGCCGUGACAAAUAUCGUAUUUGCUUAUGCUGGGCAUGUGGCUUUCUUCGGCUUUAUUUCUGAGAUGGAGACUCCAACGGACUAUCCAAAGACACUAUACAUGCUCCAGAUAACCGAUACGAGUAUGUAUGUAAUAGCCGCAGUUGUUAUAUACAUCUACGGUGGGAAGGGUGUUGAUUCACCCGCCCUGAGUUCGACAAAGCCUAUAACAGCAAAGCUUGCAUACGGAAUUGCUAUUCCUACAAUUGUUAUAGCUGGUGUGAUCAACGGCCAUGUCGCGGCAAAAUACAUUUACGUCCGCCUAUUCCGGGGCACUGAUCACAUGAAGAAGCGCACAUUCUUCUCCAUCGGUUCCUGGGUUGUGAUUACUUUGGUAUUAUGGGUGAUAGCCUGGAUUAUUUCCGAGGCAAUCCCUGUGUUCAAUAACUUGCUGAGUCUGAUCACUUCCCUUUUUGCGAGCUGGUUUACCUAUGGCCUAAGUGGUAUCUUCUGGUUGUUCCUGAACCGAGGCCAGUAUGUGGCUUCCUGGAAAAAGAUGGUUCUAACUAUCGUCAAUCUGGUCAUUGUCGGGAUUGGUGCUUGCUUGUGUGGCAUGGGCCUCUGGGUGUCAGGGAAGGCAAUUCACGAUGAUUCAAGUGGUGCCAGCUUUUCUUGUGCUGCCAGAAGUGGAUGA